ACACUCUCGGUGUACGUGCCUCUCCCACGAUCGUGAGGACAGAUCUCACAUUCCCAAGGAUGCUCUAAUUGGCAGAAGGAAAUCAACGUCGGUGAGUUUAGUUUUAUCAAAAUCGCCAAUUAAAUCGGAUCGCGAUAAACGAUGAACGUAAACGUGUCGGUUUGUCUUGCUGUGUCCGGUAGGAAGUUUAUUUGUUAAAUAUUCGCUUCCAGAAAAAAAGAAAAGAAAUCCAAAUUCUUCAUAGUGUGGUAGGCCGUUAAUCCUUUCUUAAUAUCCUUCCACAGCCUACAACUGGGAAAAGCAAAAGAUCCUUGUAGUGCGCUGUCUGUGUGAGUGUGUUUGUGUGUCAUAAAGCAAAAAAAAAUCCACCUGCACGACAGCGAAGUGAAUGAAAGCUGAGUGUCCCGAGAGUGAGAGAGAGAGUGUAUUAGGAAAAACGGGAAAAUCAGUAGGAGAGUGAUUAAAAGCGGGAAAAUUGAGAAAAGCGAAGAAAAAGCAUCCCUCAAACCCCCCAAAAAGUGGGAGAGCACCCGUACAAAGGGGGUGACGGCGAGCAGGAGACUCCCACUGUGUGAGAGUGUGCGUUUGUGCGGGUCCUGCCGCAUGAGAGCGCGCGAGUGCGAGCAAAACAACAGUGAGAGCUUGUUAAGGAUGUGAUGUGGGAGAGUGAUGCUCUCACAUUCAGGCCGAAUUUCGGUUGCUAGUGGUGAGUUUGUUCGCGCUUUUCCGAAUCGAUUCUGAAGCCCAAAGUUCCAGCAAGGGCAGCACCAGCAGCAGCAGAACCAGCAGUAGUAGUACCAGCAUUGUGCAAGUGGUGGAAAGCAGAAAUUUGUUUUAUUGUUUCGGUAAGAAGUACAUCAGUGAAGUACAAAUAAUACUCGAAACGAAAGCAAAAUUGCUCCAUUAAGAACGAGCAAAGGCAAAGGAAGAAUCGAAAGAAUACGUUUUCUACGGGUUGUGGUCCUGUGCGCUCGAAAGGCAACUCGUAUUUGAGGUUAUGGUGCUGUGAAGUGUGUGAAAACGUCACGCUAAAAGGAGCAACUCCUCGGUCGGUCGGUCGGCUAGAUCGUGCUCUUCCAUUUACGGCAAACUGUCUAGGGAUAACGGUUACCGUCUUGAAACCGAAAAAAGGAUUCACGGAUUAGUAGCAGAUUGUGGCAGAUUUUUGCAAAAACACUACCUGCCGUAGUGUAAGGCUUUGGUACAACAGCCCCACUGAGAAAAUCAACUGUUCUUCCACGACGUUUUGUUUUUUUUGGCUGGACCUAGCAUAAAUGCACGCAUAAACGCUGUGAGCAAUUAGUACAAAACGGUACUUGUACUAAAAAAACCCCAAUCGACAUCACAACCAUUUUGGAAAGAAAAAAAAGUUGUGAUCGAACGAUGAGCUUAUAAGGUUGGCAGUGUUGCAGAAAUAAAUGAGCUGUUCGUCUGCUCGGUUAAACGGUACACAUCGACCAGCGGCAAAUCGGCAACGAACGCACGACAACGACGGUUCGAGCUAGUACGCAUUGCCCUUCGCCGACGCCACGUCAUGACCGGAUGUGAGGUAAUUCCGGAUCCGGUGACGCAGUGAUGCGGCGAGGGUGCAAUGCUUAUCUCGCCCGUCUCUGUUUCAGGAGUUACGAUGCAUGGGCUGAGUCACCUACAAACCGGCUCAACCCUGGAGGCGCUCACGCAGGCCACGAUCAUCCUCAUCCUAGCGGUCGCCAUUGUCAUCUCGAACCUCAUCGUAGUUGCCACAUAUCUUAACUUUAAGGGUCCCCAUGAGGUUAUAAACUAUUAUCUGCUCUCACUAGCAGUGGCCGAUCUGUUGUGCGGCCUGUUCAUCGUAUCGCUCUCGGUGUAUCCCGCAUUCAGUGGAGAAUGGAUUUACGGCGACGUCGUGUGCCGGAUGGUCGGCUACCUCGAGGUAACGCUCUGGUCCAUCUCGGUAUACACCUUCAUGUGGAUCUCGGUCGAUCGCUACCUGGCAGUGCGGAAGCCACUGCGGUACGAAACGAUCCAAACCAAAACCAGAUGCCAAUGCUGGAUGGCGUUCACGUGGAUCUCGGCAGCCAUGCUUUGCUGUCCACCGCUGCUCGGCUACAACGAGGCCAACUACAGUAAAACCACCAACAUCUGUAUGCUCGAGUGGGGCAACAUGGCGGCUUAUAGCGCAACGCUGGCAAUCCUAGUCCUGGGGCCGAGUGUCAUCUCGAUCGUCUACAACUACGGCUACAUCUUCACGAUGAUGCGCAAAGUGCGAUCGGGAGCACCGAUCCACGAUAAGGAGUACGCCACGGCGCUCGCCGAGAACCUAGCGAACCCCAGUCACUGUAUGUCGUUCGCAUUGGUGUUUUCCUUCUGGAUCUCGUGGGCACCGUACAUUGGGCUGCGCAUCUACGAGCUGGUCAGCGGUGAAACGAUCGACAAUCCGCUGCUACACUUCGGUGCGGUCUGGAUCGGUAUACUCAACUCGUUCUGGAAGAUCAUCAUCAUGACGAGCAUGUCGCAACAGUUCCGGCUGCUCGUCCGGUUGCUCUUCCUUACCAUCUGCUGCAAGACGAAGGGCCGGCUGCAGGCCGAACUGAUCGGGCUCGAUCCGGACGACUAAAAGGGGGACGGACCUGGCCGGAAGGGAGGAAAACGUGCCCCCACCCCCAUAUGGGCAGCAUCGAACGAUCUCUCGUACAAUCAAGUUUACAAAACAUUUGUGCUAUUAAGACAGGCUCGGCUCAGCUUAGGUUUGUGGCACAGGGCUAGCAUUACUAAACACUGCACGCUUUUCACGGCAGGGUAAUUGAGGAGGUACAGCAAUUUAGGUACACAACCCCCGGGCACAGGUGGGGAAUGGAAGUUUAAACCCAAAAACUCUAAACAAAUCAACUGCUACUGCUACUAACCAUCGAAGGUAAGGGAUGCAAAUGGCAUGUCUAAGGAACUACCUAGCUACUAUUAGGGCGCUAUAUAGGCACAUGUGUUGCGGAGACAAAUUAGUGAACAGCAGUGUAUCUUACAUAUACAACCAACUCAUACUCGUACUCUAUAUACACAACAUAUAAACGUGCGUGUUUACCCGUUUUACUUCCCCCUCAAGCCCUAUAUCAGGAGCAGGCUCUUUAACGAGUACUACUAACUUUGAACCGAUCUGCGUGUGCUGUUUAAGCUCCAUAGUUCGCUUCCUUCGCUGUGUGCACCAAUCCCUUCGAAGCUGCCCGUCCGGCAAAUGGAAGCGGACCAGAAAACCGAGUGCUGACACAACUUCAAUUACAAUUUUGCUACAAACAAAAGGGCUGUGGGAAAGUUGCAGGCGCGUUAAAGCGAAGAACACAGAAACAACCACUUGAAACAAUCAAUCUUGUCCCGCGUAAAUGCAAAAAAAAACAAAACUUUAGGUGUUUGGUUUGGUCGGCAGCGUUUCUUUCCUGUACACGGUACGGGGAAAUUUAAGUGUACCAAACCAAUUUGAGUGAGACAGUCAGACACACCGGUCUUUGGGGGAUGGAGGAGGCAGUAAAUCCAGGGAAAACGAUCGACACUCCAUGCCGAUCGUACGAAGAUUGGUGUUACAAUACUAUACAAAAACAGGCAAAACGAUGCACGGACAAGGACAAUUUCAGGGCUCACCAUUGGAUACAUAUAUGUUCGUAUCUAUAAGGUAUCGAAAAAAGCAGAAGAAAGGUAACGCAAAGCGAUACAUUUAGGGUAACGAAACAGAACACUUGCAAACAUGCCAAACGAAAAAGAAAAAACAAAACGAUUAAAAACAUUAUGCAAAGGCAAUAAAUUAGGGAAGGAGAAUGCUCUAGUGAGGUAAAACAAAAAAAAAACAACGGAAGUAAUUAACCGCUAGAGAAGCAAGCUUUCUGCACGCUUGCAAACAAAACAAAAAUAAUAUAAAAAAACAGACGCAAACACUGCGUAAAACGUUGCCCGACACCGACAUUCAUUCGCAUGGUUUAUAUUUUCUAGAUUUUUAAACGAGUGAGAUUAAACCAACGUAAACGUUAAACGGAGGAGAGAGAGAAGAAAAAAAGAGAAAACCAUUUGCAACUUGAAGCAACAAAAAACAAAAAAAAAAACAAACAAAUACGGAAGCUCACAACGUAGAACAAAAGAAAUUCAGGAAAGUAAGAAGCAGGAGAACAAAAAUGGAAUCGGUGUGUAUGUUACUUAUCUUUACUAAAGCAAGUAAAAGAAUUAUAGUAUCGUGAGGUUAAUGUGUAGAAAGAUUACAACGUGAAGGUGUUUGUUAAACAUGAAACAUGAAAGUCGAAACGACACAACCAGUUAAACGAGUGACGUUGCUUCAAUCGAACAGAAGUAAAGGGAAUAUUACUUCUAAACGAACUAACAAAAACAGAGGAUCUCAUCGUUAGAGCAGAUCAGUUAAGCUUGCAAGCUCAUCGCUGGAAGGUUUUGAGUGUUCUCCAUCGAAGCAAUAUAUUCUUCCUCCACCCCUCCAUCCUCCACCCCAAAAAAUGAAAAGGGUUUAUUACUCCACCCUCCCCCCCGACUCCCACCCUCCUCAACCCACCACAAGCAUGGGGUAAUGGGGUAGUAAGUUUGCAGGAAAUAAACAACCAUUGUUAUUCCCGCCUAGUGGACAGCCGACGCGAGUUACGACUACAGGGCAAGUAGUUUUGUACAUAGGACAUAAUUUUCUGCACCGGCUUUAUGUUUCCGUUUCCUGUGCCCUCCCCUUUGCGUUUAGCUUAUAAUUAACCCGUUUUUAACUGUUAAAGUUUGUACGCCGACACUCGAGAUUGAUUUAAUGCGCUUUAGGUUUAAACAAGAAACGAUAAAUAUUAGUUUGUUGGAGCCACUUUCGUUAGUGUCACUUUUCUUAGUAAACAAACACACACACACACAGAGGAGUAACAACGAAUGUUUAAGCCCGGUUUAACCAGAGCUGAUUCCGUUGUUCUGAUCCGUUUGUAGUAACCCCCCCGAUAGGAAUUAUCGCAAUAUCGUGCGACUAAAAUAGCGUAAAAACAUUUAGGCUAAAAAUUAUUUAAUCGUAAGUUCGUUAACGUUUCGUACAAAGCAAAAUAAAAAAAAAGAGAAGAGAUAAGGUUUGUUCAUGCUGUGUAGAAAAUAAAAACGAAGGUUGGUAAUUAAUACGAGACUAUGAAUAAAAGGGCAAACAAAACUAAAUAAAUGAAAAACCAGAACACCAGAAUCGCGGAUUGACACACAGGUAAACAAAACAAAAAAAAACAGGAUGACGAAUAAAGGAUUAAAGGUUAUGGUCAAAUGUUGUAAAACGGUAGAAUGGUAAAAGGUUAAACUAGUAAACGAAUAUGUCAAACUUAAGUAUGAGAUUAAGAUGCGUUCUCGUAUGAUCGCGAUCAUUGCAAAGAAAGGAAUAGUCAUAGAUAAUAGUGACAAAAGCAAACGAAAACAAACAACAAAGAAAAACACACACAGACACAAACACACACACAGGGAACUUUCCUUAGUAAAUUGUUCAAGCAUUCCUUUAACACUUGUUUGUAAGCAAACAGUUACAGUAGAGCGGGGUUAUUUCGGGGUGAGGAUAAGAAAUGGUAAGGAAAUGCUUCUGCGUCCGAUCGAAGCAAUCGAACUGGAUUGAAUGUCCUUCCAUGCGAUUACUAGCCAGACUACUACUACCACUACUACUACUACCAGCGCCGCCAUCAUUACAACUAGGUGUCAUCCUCCAUUACUUAGACGAACGUAGCCUUAACUGUGCUUGUUCGAUCAGAUGAAAAAGUCACACCAUUUGUAAGACGUUGUACCGGUGUGUUUCGUUUUUUUUAAUGUUUUUUCGGCAUCCUAUUUAUUUUGAGAUUAUUAGAGAGAAAAAACUCAUCACCAUUACAUGCGAAGGUACGCGAAUGUAACUCCUUUUUCCCAUCCGCACCGGGCUCCCGGUUUUCCACAUAUAGUACACAACUCAUCCACCCAUUAACCAGUCUGUACUGUCAUGGUUUUGGCAUAUAUGUUUCCACAAGGCCUACAUACACACAAUUAAAUGGAAUCCGGCUCGCUUAAAAUGGCAGCAAGUUGCUCCUAAUUCCGCCAAAACAAAAAAAAACAUUAUGCAUGAUCGAGAUCGAUUGAACCGUACGACUUGAAUUCCGUACAAUCGAAAAGGAUGUUCGUGUGAUUGCCAGUGGUUCUUAAUGCAUGCGUAACAACGCGGAACCAUAGCAGCUUGUUAGAUUAGAAAACCGUAAAAAAACCGAAGCUCUAUAUGAGAUCAAAAACAGGUUGUGGAAGGGAAAAAGAGCAAAAACUGCCCCUCCAGAUGAGAUGAGAUGGCAAGUAGAAGAUGCACGGGGAAGUUACAAAAAAAAUAGGCACGAAACUAAAAGAUAUAGCCGUGUCACAACUCUUUCGAAAAGCGCAAAACAAUAACGCUGAACAAAACCAAAGCAAAACCGUACUAAAGGCACUCACACAAUUCAAAAUUAGUGUUUUAACGAUCUUUGCUAUCGGCAAAAAAAGGACACCAUUCCUUCACCGGUGCUCACUGGCAUUGUUGCAGAACAAAAAAACCCAUUUUAAGCUACACUCAUUUCAUCGUUACAGCCAUUAGCUGUGCUUAUAGUUAAGCCGCCGAUGCAGAUGAAGACGAGUCGGGCAUGAAAGAGUUUGUUGGAUCCUUUUAAGCAAUCGUGCAAAGGGCGGAAGGGUGUUUUUAAAGCCGUGUUAACAUGUAAACGACCGCUGCUAUAUAAUCGGAAAUUUGAAAUCAAACUAUGUAACUACACAACCAUUUACAAAAUCCUUCAAAAACCCCCACAAAAAAAAACCCCAUCUUUUAAAAGCUACAAAAGAUUGCAACUUGAAAUAUAACCGUUUAAUAUAGCUCCGAAAGCGAAAUUACCCGUUGCUUGUUAGUGAAGGAAACUGUUCAAAUCCACGAAUUAGUUUAGUGGCCGUCAGGCUGAGGAGACGUUUGUGGUUGUGUGGUUUUUUUUCUCAACAUGUUAUCACGUUUUUGGCGUGCAGCGAGACGGCGAUUAGCCAACCCCGGAUACUGUAUUCCAUAUACUGCUUCAGGUCGUAGACUAGUGUUCACUACAAAACACAAAUUGCUCGUGAUUACUCCGUUCACGUUUAGUGUAUAACUAGCCGGUUAAAUUAGAAUUGCUCAGCUCGAAUCGAUGGAUUGUUCGAACCCGUUUUUUGGAUGAACGUGUAUUGGGUCUUUAUUAAAGAAAACAAACAAACAAACAAACAAACAAUCUCAAUGGAUGACGCUACAAGUCGAAAUUUUAUCUCAUUGGCUAUUGAUACUUGUAAACAAAUAUUUCGGUAGUAGUGCGGCUAAACUUAGUGCUAAAGCAAUCAACAGAUGCUUGAUUUGGAAACACUGUUCAGACGUUACUUUCUAGUAUUUGUGGUUUAAAAUUGCGUUUUGUUUUGUUCACUAGUUGUUUGUGUUUUAGUUUUUUUUUUGGUUUACUUUUUUGGUUUACUGUCUUUAUACUGACAAUUAUUUGUUUUAUAUUUAAUUCUGACUUUUUGAUGAACAUUUAAGUUUCCUAUUUGAAACACUUUUUUUGUUCUUCUGUAACAUUUAUAUACUUCGUUCGGUUGGUUUCAAACACGACUGCAAAUGCUGUAGAUUCUUGUACUUUAGGUAUCGUCGCUUGUUGGUAGAGCGAUGGCAGAAAUAAGAGUAUAGCAACAACUAAGUAAAACUAUGUACAAGCGCAAAGAAGGCAACAAGAACUAACAAAAAGAAGAGAAAAAAAAACAUUAACAGCAAACAAAUGCAAAACAACAAACAAAGCCCCAAAGCGACACACUGUACACUUUGUAGAAGCUUCCGUAUAAUCAAUUACAAAUGGGAAUAAAACUACAAAACUGUAGCAUCGCAGCAAGCAGUAAACAUAAAUAUGUAAUUCAAAAUUUAGAAUAUUGCAAACUGGCUGUUCCAUCAA